GCUCUCGCGGUGAAUGUUUCUCAAGUACUUAGACCAGCAUGUCAUCUCCAGAAUCGGUUGUAUCGCUUGCGCAACUUCCUAUGUGCUGGGAUGACCGGCGCCUGCUGGAUCACGACCCGUUCAACUUUUUAUUCCAAUUACGUUGGGAGGGUUCCUUGCCCUUCGAGCCCCCUUUUCCUGCGAUGGUGAAGGCUGCUAUAACAACCCAAACAAAAGAAUUUAGUAGAGCUUUUAUUCGGUGGUGCCUUAUUUCGUUCGCGCCACUUUUCGGUGAACCAACUGAGAAUCUACCAGACAUUCAUCAUUUCGUCAAGAACGCGAAGUACUGGGAAUUAUUCGUAGAUGUGUUCUAUGAUCUAUUCUCGGGUAGAGGCACAGGUCAAAAGGCCCUUACUCUCGUAAACAACGCAAGGAAAGAGCUUGGUUUCAAAUACUUCUUUAUCCCGCAACGCUCUAGUGUGAAGCCGAAGGACAGCAUGCAAUCGCCAAGUAUCUUGCCGGACGUAACCGAAGCCUGUGCAGAAAUCCCACCUGUGUCUGCUGGAGUGGACGCGAGAUUCGCUUCCACUCACACAGCUCUGCAAGACAGGCUCCUCGAAUAUGCGGGUGAAAUUGAAACUGCGUCAGAAACUUUCAUGUCAUUGCCAGCUGAAGGUGAUGUCGCUAUUAGCGAAUAUAGUCAGUACAAAAGGCGAACUUCUAGGAGGGUAGCGCCUCCGCAGAAUCAUCUUGCUGGCCUUGGUCGAAACGACAAGGCAGCCGCAGAGAUCAAAUCUCUUCGAGUGAAACAGAAGCGGGCGAGCAAGAAAGGAUCAGUCAGUAAAAGAAAAGGUCGUCGACGUACUGAGAUCCAUGACGAAAAGGUGGUCAGACAUGUCAUAACCUCUGCAUUGGGUUCCGAGAGCGAUGCCAAGGAUAUUGAGUGCGACGCAGAACAGAUCGUAAUGCAGAACAAAAAUGAGCCUUUCGAAGGUUCACACGUUAACCACAAUAUCGAGGAGCCUGGUGCGACUCGGUGCUCGACUGUUCAUGCUGGAAAGGAACACGAUCCCGACAGUAUUUCAGCCUCUACCUUGCCUUUGGGAGCAAUUUCAAUGGAGAAAAUGGAUGAGUCACUAUGGAGAGAGAGAAAAUUGCAAUCAACUAUGGACUAUGAAAUGCUAAACUCUGCAGAUGGCAUAAGUCAACCGGAUUCUAAGAUAGCAGGCGAUGGGGCACAAAAGAAUCUGGUGUCUCAAUUACUGCUGGAAAGCUCUUUCAAUAUCCCUGCUCUCAUACCUACGCAAGCUCCAUGCGGAGCAGUGCCGAGAGAAGUAGAGGAUGCGAUCGAAAUCAUUUCAGUUGGCAAAGGCAUGGAUGAUCUACCAGCUUGUUCUUCACACUUGGUUUUCUGCCAAGAUAACCAGGACGAGACUGGUCGCGAGCCUACUACGAUGAACAAGAAGGUUGUACCACUCAGAGAUGCUGAAGUACCUCUGUCAGUGCUUGAAAACUCUUCGGAUAGCAUGGGUUCUGGGCGCAUUGAACAUGACCGACAUAGGAAGAUGAUGGAAUCGUUCAGCACAAGUCAUUUGCAAUUUAAUUGCCCAAAGCCGCCUCUCCCAAAGGACAGACAGCCGCGAAUAUGGGCGGGGUCACGUCAAGCACUGUGUGAGACUACAGCAUGGUUUCGUUCUUAUCACGGCGGUGUAUACUUCAACGACGGGAAGGCGUAUGGCUAUUUGUUAGGAGGGUAUUCUGCCCAUCGGGAUGUAUUUCACCACGAUGGAAGGAUAAUUAUUUCACACGGUGGUGGAAAGUCUUUGGAUGGGUCUACAGGACAGCGUGACAAAGACCCGUCCGUUCGAGCCUUACUUUACAAUCACAGGAGCGGGCAUCCGCUCGUUUUAAUUGCUGACGAUAAGUAUGUCCUGUUUCCCUUCGAUCUAGGAGAGAAAAUGUAUGUCGUUCUCGGAUUGUACUGGAUUGUUGAUGCUUGGGCCGAAAAAGACGUAUACGAGUCUGAAGGGAAGUUUGGUACUCGUAUUAAAUACAAAUUCGCCUUCCAAUACUGUGACGGUCAGGAAUCGCCGUGGUGGCUCAACUCUGCUUCCGACGCAUCGUUGAGGACAAUUGGCACAACACGACCUCGGCCAGCUGAACAGGUGGACUCGCGACAAGCAUCUGAACUGUGUGUAGUGGACAGCCCAUUUCAGGAAGGCACACCUACCGCCCUACCUAACGAUAGUGCCACGACAUCCGUAUUACCUAUACUUGCUUCAUUUAUUCCCACAAACGGCAUUUGUACCAAGUGCGGAAAGAGCAGUCCGUCGAUAUACAAGCAAGGGUGGAUGUGCCUACAUCCUGAUUGUGAAGACUUUUUCCGAAUAAACUCGGAAGAAAUCUUCUCACUCGAUUAUUUCGAACAAUUCCUCCAACUUCGACCGUGUCCUGAUUUUGGUAAAAUUGAGCUAAGUAUCCCCUCUCCCCUUGUUGGCCCGGUCGAUUCUGCGGACGAAAUCUACUCGACAAGGGGGUUCUGGUGUCCCGAAUGUGGACAGCUAUGCCCUCGGGAGAGAUGGGAAUGCUGGGAAUGUUCGGCCUGUGAGUUCGAAUUACGCGGUCGUGGUGCCUUACCGAUGAGAAGUUACACUGAAUUCAAAAGUCAAGAGUCUAACCUAAAGGGCUAUACUGUGCAUAAAAUAUAUCCUGGAUCUGAAAUAAAGCUGUCUACUCGGAAAUGGCGAUGUCACAGAAACUCAGAAGUUGGACUCAAUUACGUUUUCGAGCUCCCUUGUAAUCGUGGCCGGAUCCACCUUGUCUCCGGAAAUGCACGUGUCAACGACCGUGCAAACACGAUAUUUCGACAAUAUCAGCAAGACGCCGAAAGUAGAUCUUUUCUGAGAAGGUAUCCCUUGCGAAGUCACCAUGCUCGGGGCCGCAUGCUGACAAACUACUUUUCGCACAAUGCUGGAGUGCCAUACGAGUACGCUGUUGUUACGAAUAUCACCGAUACCUUCGACAAGGCUCCCCAGAGCGUCAACGACGCUCUUCAACUUAUCAAGGAUAGAACUUCUCCCGUGAUAGCCAGUGAAGCCAACUUUAACGAGAUUUUGACGGCAGCAUACAUGUCCGAGCAGAAGAUGUCUUAUCACACAGAUGACGAGAGAGGCCUCGGUCCCGUAGUAGCAUCCCUUUCCUUGGGGUCGAUCGCCUACAUGCAUUUUCGAUUGCGGAAGUCUAAAAAUAGCCGUCCUGAUAUGCAACUAAGCCUGGUACUGAGACACGGAGACGUGUUAAUUAUGGAAGGCGCAGAAAUUCAAAAGGCCUAUGAACAUACCGUUGUUCCUAUGAACUUCCGGAUCGCAGCGACAGCACGAUACAUAGAGCAAUAUUCAAAAUAUCCAAGGCAUCCUUACAUAAAUUCUAACUACUCUCUAGAUAUGUCGAUUCAAUCAUAACUUCUUAGCCAAUUUUUUUUCGCACCAUAGCCCAUUCUG